UUCAUCAAACAUGUGAACCGGAAAUAAUAGUACGAUUGACCUGCUCUUAUUUUUGAAGCGGUUUUAAAAAUGGCGUCUGGGAAGAGAUGUAUGUUUACAGUUAUUAAUGUGAUUAUUACGGCUCUUAUCAUAGAAAGUCAAUGUCGACUCCAUCAUCUUAUACUUAAGGACGACAUCCGUCAGCGGGUCCAUCUGAAUACAUUCGGCUUUUAUAAAGAUGGUUACAUGAGUAUAAGCAUGAACAGCCUCCGAUUCCCUGAAGGGAAGACGGACAUUGACAUUGACAGCUCCACGAUUGGUUUCAGCCUAGAUCGUGCAAGCAAUAAUGGCUUUUCCACAUAUCUGGACGAGGGUCUGGACUAUUGUCUUCUGAAAAAGGAUCCAAGUAGUAAUUUUGCAGGGGUCCUUCUAUUGUUGGACUUCAAAAAUAAUCUAGUGAGGAAGAAGACUUCAGUGGAGGCUGGUGUGUUUCCCAACAUCAUAGCUGUGUUGCCCAAAAGCAUUGCAGAGGACCUGCAAACUGAAAAGGGGAAAGACAAAGACAAUGGGCCAGAUGAUGGAUCUCAGUCUAAGACGGGUUCUAAAUCCAAGCGAGAUGUUGAGAGCAAGGCAGAAGAUACAUAUCCUCUUCAGAACAAGGAGAAUACCUACUCCUUUGAGUUUUACUUCAACAUCACAACAGAUGAGCAGCAAGGCCUUUAUAACUUUUAUUUCUACAACUGCUACUCCGUGCCAAUGAACAAAGACAGCUCUGUGUCAAAAAUGCUGCCUUUCAGCAUUGAUAUCAACAUCAAAGAGAAGAAUCCAGACAGCUUCCUUUCAGCGGGAGAGAUUCCUUUACCUAAGCUUUACAUCUGUAUGUCCAUGUUCUUCUUCCUCAUCGGCACACUGUGGAUUCAUGUUUUGCGUACCCAUAGUGCUGAUGUUUACAAGAUUCAUUGGCUGAUGGCUGCUCUUCCAUUUACAAAGUCACUUUCCCUUAUUUUCCAUGCAAUUGACUAUUACUACAUUUCCAAUCAGGGCUUUCCUAUUGAAGGCUGGGCUGUGGUCUAUUACAUUACUCACCUGCUGAAGGGGGCACUGUUGUUCAUCACUAUAGCAUUAAUAGGAACUGGCUGGGCCUUUGUCAAGCAUAUCCUCUCAGAUAAAGACAAAAAGAUUUUCAUGAUCGUCAUUCCCCUGCAGGUUCUGGCCAAUGUGGCGUACAUCAUUAUUGAGUCCACAGAGGAGGGCUCCAUCGAGUAUGGUCUGUGGAUGGAGAUCCUGUUUCUUGUAGAUCUGCUAUGCUGCGGGGCUAUUCUCUUCCCAGUCGUCUGGUCCAUAAGACAUUUACAAGAGGCUUCAGCAACAGAUGGCAAAGCUGCCAUCAAUCUGGCUCAACUGAAACUUUUUAGGCACUACUAUGUGAUGAUUGUGUGCUAUAUUUAUUUCACCCGCAUCAUUGCCAGUCUUAUCAAGGUCAUUGUCCCUUUCCAAUGGAAGUGGCUCUACCAGCUGCUGGAUGAGCUGGCCACUUUGACCUUCUUCUUCUUAACCGGACACAAGUUCCGACCGGCCUCCUACAACCCCUACCUACUGCUGUCUGUGGAGGAAGAAGACAUGGAGAUGGACGAUGUGGUAACUACCUCAACAGCCAUGGGAGAGGGCGUUAAGAAGGUGAAGAAACUGUCAAACGGACCAUCAGAGGAGAGGGAGAGCAUGGCAUGAUGGGAGAUACAAAUCUCUGUCGGUUCUGUGUGCCUCUGGACUUUGUGGCCAGCUACUGACAUGUGGGACAUUCUUGAAGAGCUUAACAGCUUCAUGUGCAAAAUUCCCUGUGGACCUUCUCUAAUGAUCACAUGUGACGACACCACGUUCCAUAUUCACAUAUAUGUCUAUCUCUGUAAAUGUUGCACAAACGUUAUGGAGAAUUCAUGGUACGCAGCUCCAUGAUUCCUUUAGCCAAUAGUUUUAAUUGAAGUGCUAGGUGCUGUGCUUUAUUUUCAUUUUACCAUGAUGAUUGUGUGUGUGGGCUUUUUUAUUAUAAUUUUGUUUUUUUCGGUUGUUUUUUUAAUUAUUAUUUAUUUAUGACCUUCCUACGCAUUGCUUGAUCUUACACACGCUGUGGCACUUUAACAGGUACUCUCCAGUCGAGUGAAAGCGUAUGUGAGGUCACUGGAUAUCUGUAGAAAACUGCCGUGCCAGUGACGUCUCUUGCAGCUGUUAUUUAAAUGAUUAUUUCCUGCUCUGAGUUCUCAGAAUUAAUAAUUGUUAUGUAAAUAUGCAGGCCCUUAAAAACAUACGUAACCCAGAUUAAUGUUACAAAGUAUUAAAUGUACAGUUCUCAAGCUUAGUCAGGAUUUGAUGACAUCUGCUUUGUAUUUUCUCAGUAUUUGUGGGUUAUUAGUAUGGAUGAUGAUGGACUUUCAUGAAAUGGCUCCAGGGUGUCCAGAAACGUGUUUCAAAUGUAUCAAACAUGGAUUAAAAUGAUUUCAGGGAUCUUGUAAUUUAUGGUUAUUAGUAAUAUAAUGGAGGAUUUUAUUUUGAUGUUUAAUAUUUUGCUUAUUUUCGGAUAUCUUUGAGCAAGCUUUAUGAAAUUAUGUGUUUCAGUAUUAAAUUGUGUAAUGGUUUCA